AUGGCUUCUCCACACCCCCACUUCGUCGUGUCGUGUCCUCCUGAUAUGGCCGCCUUGCACAGCUUCCCCAAUGGCCGUGUCAUCUUUGAGCAUAUCUCCGUCAUCUUCACGCUGCCCAAGCUCUCCAUUGUCUCCUUCACGCUCAUGCUACCCUUCUUCCCCACAGGCUCCUUCGAGAUUCUGGUGCCCCACACAUUGGAAACCACCAGCAUUGUUGAGGAAUGCAGGGUUCCUGGUUUGGUUGCUAAAAUGGUUGGUCACAGAAGCUUAAUACUGCCAGUCAGGCUAGAGCUGUGGCGUGAUCAACAUAUCAAGUAUUUGACAAAACGGUUGAGGCAUCUCGGGGCAAACUUUCAUGUGCUUGAUGCCAAUCGGCCUUGGCUGUGCUACUGGAUGGUUCAUCCACUUGCUUUGUUGGACGAAGUACUUGACGAUGAUCUCAAAGAUGAUAUUGUGGACUUCUUGCUCGAUUGUCGGUUUGAGCAUGGUAGAUAUGGUGGUGGACCUGGACAGCCGCCUCAUCUUGCUACAACAUAUGUUGCAGUAAAUACACUUGUGACUAUAGGGAGUAAAAGAGCACUAUCGUCGGUAAAUAUGAACAACCUGCACAAGUUUUUGCUUUGGGUGAAAGAUACAUCAGGUGCUUUUAGAAUGCAUGAAGGUGGUGAAAUUGAUGUCCAUGCUUGCUAUACUGCAGUAUCUGUUGCCAACCUUGUGAACAUUCUCGAUGACGAACACGCAAAAGGGGUUGAGGAUUACAUAGCUAGGUGUCAAACUUAUGAAGGUGGUAUUGUAGGGGAACCUUAUGCUGAAGUUCAUGGUGGGUACAUCUUUUGCAGGUUGGCUGCAUUGAUCCUGCUUAAUGAGACAUAGAAACUCGAUUUGCCUAGCUUAAUAGACUAUGUGGCUUUUGGCCAAGGGGUGGAAUGUGGAUUUCAAGGGCGAACCAAUAAAUUGGUUGAUGGUUGCUACUCCUUUUGGCAGGGAGCUAUUGUUGCUUUAUCACAAAAGCUGAUAAAGAUUGUCGAUGAACAAUUUAACUCAUCAUGUUCCAGGAAAAGAUCGUCAGGCGAGGAUGCUUGUGGCAACAGUUCAUCGAGGAAGCCCUAA